AUAACACAAAACAACGAGAACAACUUCCACCGAGCGGGGAUAUAGAUGGUGUAAAUUCACACUUUGAUACAUAAAUCAAGGAGUAACAUGGCGUUUCUAAUUGAUAUUGGUACUGGGAUUGUUGGAAAACUUGUGGAGUUAACGUUUGCGCCAAUUGGACGCCAAGUGGGUUAUCUAAUCUAUUACAAUCGGAAUGUCAAAAGCCUAGAGGAUCAACUAAAUGACUUGGUUGCUGCUAGUCAGAGUGUGGAGAGAAGGGUUGCUGAAGAAAAGAGAAACGUAAGAGAAGUUGAAGUCCCUGUCAACAAAUGGCUGAUAGAUGUCGAAAAUAUCACAGUAGAGGCAAAUGAUAUCUUGAAUGACCAACAUAAAGUAAAGAGGAAGUGGGUUUGUGCAUUAUGUCCUAAUUUAGUGGUUCGCCAUCAGCUAAGUCGGAGAUCAACAAAAUUGGUAUCUGAAAUUGCUGAACUCUAUGGGAAAAAAGAGUUCAACACUUUUGCCCAUGCUACAACCCCACAAGAUGUACCCACUAAAGAUUACGAGGCCUUCGAAUCAAGGAUAGCUUUGGUAGUCAAAAUAAUGGAUGUACUGAGAAAUGGUUAUGAUAUAGACAUGAUAGGAGUGUACGGGUUUGGCGGUGUCGGAAAGACCACACUUGUUAAAGAAGUUGCCAGGCAAGCUAGUGGAGACAAAGCAUUAUUUGACGAUGUGGCUUUGAUCUUGGAUGUAAAACAAAAUCCAAGCAUCCAAGGAAUACAAAAGGGAAUUGCUGAGAAGUUGGGUCUUGACCUUCCUGAAAAUGAGACUAUUGAUGGACGAGCACGUCGUCUAUCUAGCAGGAUAAAAGACCAAAAGACUCUUGUGAUUUUAGAUGAUGUGUGGGAACGAAUUGAUUUGGAGAAAGUCGGAAUUUCUGGUGUGCCAGCUUGUAAAGUAUUGCUGACAUCAAGAUCUCGAGAUGUAUUAUCUGGUGAGAUGCAUACACAAAAAGAGUUCAACCUGGAUCUUUUAGGGGAAAAAGAAACUUGGAAACUGUUCGAGAAGAAGGCAGGUGAUGUUGUUAAAGAUCCUGUCAUAAGAAAUGUAGCAACCAAAGUAGCCAAAAGGUGUGGGGGUUUGCCUGUUUUGGUUGUCACAGUUGCAAGUGCCUUAAAAAAUAGAAGUACAUUAUCAGCAUGGAAAGAUGCGUUGAGACGUUUGAAGAGUUUUGACAAUGAGAAACUCAUAGAAAAGGCAUACUUGGCUCUAAAGUGAAGCUACAGUCAGUUGAAUAAUGAGCUUAGGCAGUUGUUUUUGCUCUGUGGAUCCUAUAGUCAUUCUCCAAAAACUAUCCAUAUCGAUUACAUGCUGAAAUAUGGCAUUGGUUUGGAUAUGUUUAAAAACGUCAAUACAUUGGGAGAAGCAUGGGAUGCAUUAAAUUCAUCGGUUGAGAAACUUAAGGAUUCAUGUCUACUGCUUAACCAUGAAGAUAGUGGGUGUGUCAAGAUGCAUGAUCUGGUGUACGAUGUUGCGACACGUAUUUCAUCGAGGGAUGAACAUGUUUUCAAAGUAAGUCGUGGUGAUGAGUUUAGGGAUUGGCCAAAUAAUAAGGAUUUCCAUGAGAAGUGCACUAUGAUCAACGUUUAUUACUCCAACAUCCCCAAGCUUCCUGAUAUUUUGAAGUGCACUGAACUUAAGUUGCUUGUUCUUAUAGCUACUUCUUCAGAUUACUCCUUAGAGAUCCCUGAUAACCUUUUUAAAGAAACGACAAAACUCGGAGUGUUGGAUUUAACUGGUUUAGAGAUCCCGUCACUACCAUCAUCUCUUCAGUUCUUAAAAAGUCUGAAGACAUUGUGUUUAGAUAGCUGCAUAUUGGGAAACAUUGCUCUGAUUGGCCAACUACAAAACUUAGAAAUGCUUAGCUUUCUAGAUUCGGAGCUCAAAGAGUUGCCCAAAGAAAUAGCUCAAUUGACACAUCUACGAUUGUUGGAUUUGACUGGUUGCUCUAAACUAGAACUGAUUUCACCAAAUGUUAUAUCAAAUCUGAAGAAACUAGAAGAGCUGAGGAUGGGAAUGAGCUUUAAUAAGUGGGAGGUUGAAGGUGUCAACAACACCGAGAACAAGAACGCAAGCCUAUCAGAGCUCACACAUCUGUCUGAGCUAAGCGUCUUGCAUAUACAUAUCUUAGAUGCCAAGAUUCUUCCAACGAAUUUGUUCUCCGAUGCAUUGGAAAGGUUCCAAAUAUAUAUUGGUGCUGAAUGGGUCUGGGAUGGUGCAGAAGCAAACCUGAACACCCUGAAAAUCAAGCUCACUACCAGCAGUGAUUUGUACCAAUCUGGUGUAAAUAUGUUGUUGAAGAGAACUGACGAGCUACACUUAAAUGGGACGGAUGCUAAUAAUAAUAGUGCCAAUCAGUUAGAUGGUGAAGCGUUUCAACAAUUGAAACAUCUCCACGUCCACAAUGCUGAGUUCAGACGUAUCAUGACUGGGAAGAGUAUUUCUCCGAACUUGAAAAGGUUGGUGGUGAGUGGCCUUGAUAGUACGAGAUUCUUAUUAUCCACUUCCGUAGCUAGAAGUCUUGUACAACUCAUACACCUUGAGAUAUCUGAAUGUGCAAAAAUGGAAGGGAUAGUUUCGACCAACGAAUCUGAUGAAAAGCAUAUGAAGGACAUGUUUUGUAAGCUACAACAUCUGAAGCUAACAACUCUUCCAAUCCUCAUGAGUUUCUGCUCUAGAAGUUAUUCUGGAUUCCCAUCUUUGGAGAUUUUGCAACUCGAGAAUGACAAAGAAAUUGAAGAAAGGGAAGCAAGAGAAAACCGUGGGAAUGCUUUGUUUGACGAAAAGGUAGUAUUCCCAAGUUUGAAGAAAUUGUCCGUUAAGAGGUUGGCAAAGUUAAUAACAAUAUGGCACAACCAACUUUCUCUAGAGAGUUUCAAAAAUCUAGAGAGACUAAAAAUUCGUUAUUGUCAGAAUUUGAAAAGUGUUUUUCCAACCUCAAUGGUCAGAAGUCUACAACAGUUAAUGAAGUUGGAAGUGUACAACUGCGACGAAGUGGAGGAAAUUGUUGCAAAUGAAGAUGGAGUACAAACAAUACAGGAGUUUGUCUUCUCAAAAGUAAACUAUGUCUAUUUUCGGGAUUUGCCCCAUCUUAGUUGUUUCUAUCCUGGAAUGCAUGCAUCUUGGUGGCCGUCACUUGAAGUUUUGACUAUAGAAAGUUGUGGUAAAGUUGCAUUUUUGGCCCAAGAGUAUGCAAGCUUUAAGAGAACCUGUGAAUUGAUGAAUCCUACUCCGAACCAAGCUCUCUUUCUAAUUUGGAAGGAUUCAUUCCCCAACUUGAAAACAUUGUACAUAAUCGGCAUGGAGAUUUGGGAUGGUCCUUUCCAUGCAGAGUUCUUUAACAAACUGGAAGAGUUGGAUGUCAGGAAUCAACCCUCCAAGUCAGCUGCUAUAGGGGGUGAAAUAGAAUCUGCUCCUUCCAAUGAAAUAUCUCUCUAUCAAAAAAGCAGUAGGAGUGGGGAUAUAAACGCAGGUGGGGCCCUCCCUCACUUAAGUGAGUUGCGGCUUUGGGGCAUGUCGAAGCUGACGCGUCUAGGGGAAGAUAGUUUCCAAACAGCAGGUCAAGAUUUGCCAAACCUGACAGAAAUAUGGAUACACAAUUGUGGCUGCUUAAGGAAUCUAAGAUCAUCAGCAAUAUCCUUCAAGAAUCUUAGACAAUUGCGGUUAUAUGGUUGUCCGGAAAUGGAAUACUUGGUUACUUACUCCACGGCUAAAAGUCUCACGCAACUCACACACCUGUCAGUUGGGAAUUGUGAAAGACUGGUAGAAAUUGUGGGAAGCACAGCAGACGACCAAGGUUCAGGAAAUGAGAUUGUAUUCAGUCGAUUGGAGUAUCUGAAACUUUCUAAACUACCAAAAUUGCAAGGCUUUUGCUCUAUAGAGUCCACUGUCAAAUUCUCAUCUUUGAAAUCCUUUUACAUAAGCAAACGCCUCAAACUCAAGAUUUUUGGUAAUGAUGAAACGCUACAAGUCACAUGUGAAUACAAUGACACAGACGUUGAUGCUGAUGAGGGUGAAAAGGUGACAGAGGAAAAUGUUGACAUAAAUGCUAUUGAUGUUGGUGAACAAAUUGAUGAAACUACAACUAUUAAAAACGAAAAAGAUGACAAAAAUUAUGAUGAAUCGGUGACAAAAGAGAAUGCUGAUUAUAUCAGAAAAGGAGAAAAGGAAAAAGUCGACAUAGAUACCAGCGAUCGUGGAGGAAAUGGUGAAACUACAAAUGUCACUAUAGAUGCAAAUUUUGAUGGAGCGGAACAUGUUCAGCCCCUUGAGACCACCACUGCGUCGACUGAUCAAGGAGCCAUAACACCAGUUGAAGUAAAUCUAGCCAUCGUACCAGUAGGCGAAGUCACAACUCCUGUGAUCCCAGUCACAUCCAUAGAGCCUCCUCCUGUCAACGAAGUACCUUAUACUGAAGAAGCUAAGGAACAAGCGUUCUUAACCCCGAAACUGGAUGAAACAAGGCUUAAUGUUCAUCAGACUCCCAAUGCACCAGAGCAGCAUGCUAAGGAACAAAGUGGUCCCUUUGAGCAUUCAGCAGCUGCAAAAGAGACUCCAACGCUUAUCACUCCUGCCCCGCCCUCGUCAAGUUCUCUGAAGUCAUCUGAAGCAAAAGGAUCCUUGAGAGAGAAACUUCAAGUUCUGUCUGCCAAGAAGGCUGCUAGCACUUCCGGCCUACCUGACGAGGCGAAGACCAAACUCAAAGCUGUUAUCGCUACUGCUGACUUGAAAGACCCCCAGACACGACAACAGCUCUUGGCAGUGCUGCCUACUCUCCAACUCUCUACUACCAAGUGGAUUGCUGAUCUCGCUGUUCAAGAGAUAUCGAAGUUGCCACUGGUUCUGGACAAGGAGAUUUCAUUAUGCCAAGAAUUGGCUGCUCUUAAAGCUCAGGGCUCCGAGCUUGAUGAAAGAAGUCACAUUCUCCUCUCUGAAGGUUCCUUGGCUGAAGAAAGCAUCCACAAGGUUGAGGAGCAGAAGGUGGAGCUGUUUGCUCUCGAAGAGAAAAUCAAGAAGCUUGAGGCGGAAGCCACUUCACUCCGGGAUGAGAUCGCCACUGGCGAAAAGAGGUACUCUGGGUUUGAAGCGUCCUUGGAUCAGCUAUUUGAGGAACAACAGCUCAACCAACGCUCUGUGGAUUCAACAAGCCAGGAGUUGCUUAGGACUCGAGCUGUGAGUGAUAGCUUAUGUACUGCCAUCUUUACUCACCUCCGCCAGCUAUUGUAG